GGCCCCCAAGGGGGAAAGCGGGGCGGGCCCCCGGGGGGACCCCCAAAGGCGGAGGGGAUCAGGUCUCGGGCCUCAGGCCGAGCGUGCGGGCGCCGGCCCCCGGGCGGAGGGGACGGGUUUUUGGGGGCCCCUCAGGCGGAGGGGAACAGGUUAGGCCCCCCAGGGGGGGGCCCCGGCCCCGGGAGCGGCGGGACCCCCAAGGGAGGAGGGCGGGGGGCCGGACCCCCGGGCGGGCGGCAGGGCCCCGGGAAACCCCCGGGCGGAGGGGCAGGUCUGGGCCCCCAGGCGGGAGGGGAGGCCCCGAGUUACAGGCACGCAGUUGGCUCGAGGUCAAUGGAUGACCGCUGGCACUGGGUCAGACAUUGGAUCGUCUGGUGGACACCGGGCAUCGGGUCACCAGGCAUCAGGUCAUUUGGCUUGCCAGCGGGCACCGCGUCAUCUGGCAAGGCAGUGGGCACCGGGUCACCAGGC